AAGAGGUUGGAGACCACUAUUCUGGGUCCUUUGCAUAUCCAUAUAUAUUUUACGGUCAGCUUGUUAAUCUCUAUUCCUCAAAAGCCUGCUUGGAUUUUGAGAGGAAUUGUAUUGAAUCUAUGUAUCAAUUCGUGAUGUGAUACCUUAACAAUAUUGAGAUUUCCAAUUCAUGAACACAGUAUAUGUACUGAUUUAUUUAGGUCUUUAAUUUCUCUCAGUAAUGUUUUGUUGUUUUCACUGUUCAGAUCUUGCACGUAGCCCACAAAUUUUAGUUUCAUUGGCCUCCUUGAACUGCAAACUUUGUUUCCCCAACUCCAAGAGACUACCCCACUUUUCUGGUGCUAUAGAAUAGAAACUAUGCUAUAGUAUAGAAACUCUUUUCAGGCAGCAAGCUGGACAAUAAUAGUGAUGACCUCAUUCAUUCUCCUUUCAGAGAUCACUGUCCUAUGUUACCUGUUAUCUAAUGUCUGAAAACCAUUGUUUUGUCUACUUUUCUAGUUGUUUAAGGUAAGAGGAAAUAUCUGGUCCCUAAUAUUUUAUGAUGUCCAGAAGAGGAAGUCUUAACUCUCUUUUAAAAUGUCCAAAUCGCUUUUUCUCCGCUGGCACCGGCGCCUCUCCCCGCCCCUCCCCAGCCAUGGCAUUCACAUUCAUGGCCUUCUGCUACAUGCUCUCGUUGCUGCUCACUGCCGCACUCAUCUUCUUCGCUAUUUGGCACAUUAUUGCAUUUGAUGAGCUGAAGACUGAUUACAAGAAUCCUACAGACCAGUGCAAUACCCUGAAUCCCCUUGUACUCCCAGAGUACCUCAUCCACGCUUUCUUCUGUGUCAUGUUUCUUUGUGCAGCAGAGUGGCUUACAAUGGGUCUCAAUAUGCCCCUCUUGGCAUAUCAUAUUUGGAGGUAUAUGAGUAGACCAGUGAUGAGUGGCCCAGGACUCUAUGACCCUACAACCAUCAUGAAUGCAGAUAUUCUAGCAUAUUGUCAGAAGGAAGGAUGGUGCGAAUUAGCUUUUUAUCUUCUAGCAUUUUUUUACUACCUAUACGGCAUGAUCUAUGUUUUGGUGAGCUCUUAGAACAACACACAGAAUAACUGGUCCAGUUAAGUGCAUGCAAAAAGCCACCAAAUGAAGGGAUUCUAUCCAGCAAGAUCCUGUCCAAGAGUAGCCUGUGGAAUCGGAUCAGUUACUUUAAAAAAUGACUCCUUAUUUUUUAAAUGUUUCCACAUUUUUUGGUUGUGGAAAGACUGUUUUCAUAUGUUAUACUCGGAUAAAGAUUUUAAAUGGUAUUACGUAUAAAUUAAUAUAAAAUGAUUACCUCUGGUGUUGACAGGUUUGAACUUGCACUUCUUAAGGAACAGCCAUAAUCCUCUGAAUGAUGCAUUAAUUACUGACUGUCCUAGUACAUUGGAAGCUUUUGGUUAUAGGAACUUGUAGGGCUCAUUUUGGUUUCAUUGAAACAGUAUCUAAUUAUAAAUUAGCUGUAGAUUAUCAGGUGCUUCUGAUGAACUGAAAAUGUAUAUCUGACUAGUGGGAAACUUCAUAGGUUUCCUCAUCUGUCAUGUAGAUGAUUAUAUAUGGAUACAUUUGCAAAAAUAAAAAGUGGGAAUUUUCCCUUCGCUUGAAUAUUAUCCCUGUAUAUUGCAUGAAUGAGAGAUUUCCCAUAUUUCCAUCAGAGUAAUAAAUAUACUUGCUUUAAUUCUUAAGCAUAAGUAAACAUGAUAUAAAAAUAUAUGCUGAAUUGCUUGUGAAGAAUGCAUUUAAAGCUAUUUUAAAUGUGUUUUUAUUUGUAAGACAUUACUUAUUAAGAAAUUGGUUAUUAUGCUUACUGUUCUAAUCUGGUGGUAAAGGUAUUCUUAAGAAUUUGCAGGUACUUCAGAUUUUCAAAACUGAAUGAGAGAAAAUUGUAUAACCAUCCUGCUGUUCCUUUAGUGCAAUACAAUAAAACUCUGAAAUUAAGACUCAAAAAAAAA